CUGUGCCAGCGUGUUCUUGAUAGUGUCCUCAAUGACAUCGCAACUUGGUGAAGAGUUCAAGUGUAUCUUCCUGUGAAGGAGUGAAGGUGACCCACCCACCACCUUCAGCUGUUUUUACAUUUAAGACCGUGUAGGAGCAGAGGUGACCGACAGUCUGCAGGAACAGGCGUUUGCCCUGUACACAUGAGAGCCGGGCGUAGGGUCUCCAGAACUGCUGGAAAUACUGAUGUGCUAGCUAGUUUGGGGUUGUAGAUGCUGUUUUUGUCUCCUGGCACAAGCUAGAGUCAUCUGGGAAGAAGACAUUUAACUGAGAAAGUGCCUCCGAUAGAUUGGCCCAUAGAACUGGUUACUGAACCCAGAGCCGCGCGCGCAAACAGGCAGGAGCUGUUCCUCUCCCCAGUUAGUGAACAAUGAACUCCCAAAUUGCACCGUUGUUGCCACAGACUUGCACUGAGCAAGACAGCCUGGGUCAAGCAUUCGAGGAUGCUUUUGAGGCGCUGACACAGCCUUCAGUUGGAGAACUUCAGUACUUGCCAGAAAAUAAUAAAAAUUACAUGGCGUUCCUUAACAAUUAUCCUCAAAUCAGAGGCAGUUCCAGUUGGUGUGGAAUGUUACCCCCAGAAGAGCCCACCUAUAACUGGAGAAAUGUAACUAAUGGCUCUGGGGACUUGUAUUUGGAAGAGAAUAUCCAUCAAUCUCUGCAGAGCAUAACUGAACACCAGCUGGCACAAGCCACCCUCUUCCAGCACAAGGGAGGAAAAGGCAGGAGGAAGCUUCGGCUGUUUGAAUACCUUUAUGAAUCUCUGUGCAAUUCAGAGAUGGCAUCUUGUAUUCAGUGGGUCGAUAAAACCAAAGGCGUCUUUCAGUUUAUAUCAAAAAACAAAGAAAAGCUUGCUGAGCUUUGGGGCAAAAGAAAAGGUAACCGAAAACCCAUGACUUACCAGAAGAUGGCCAGAGCCCUGAGGAACUAUGCCAGGACUGGAGAGAUCACGAAAAUCCGGAGAAAGCUGACCUACCAGUUCAGCGAAGCUGUUCUCCAAAGACUCUCUCCAUCUCCCUUCCUGGGGAAAGACCUCUUCUACUCACAGUACGGCCAGUCUGAUCAGGAGUAUCUCAGCUUGAACCCCUGGAAUGCAAACUACUACGCUUAUGCUGGUUACCAGAACUAAGCCACUCCAGCUUCGAACUGUUCUAUCAUUUCUUGCUUUGCUAGGAUCAGAAAACCCAGGGCUUCAGAAUUUUCCCUCACAGAUCCCACAUCCAUGAUACAGAAACAACAUCUAAGGAGGGCUGCGACAGAACAUGUGCAGACUUUUCUUGUUGUCCUGACAACUUUUUUGUUUGUUUGUUUUGUUUUUUUUAUUUUUUCGAGACAGGGUUUCUCUGUGUAGCUUUGGAGACUG